AUCGAUCUCCGGUAUAGUUAAGUAAAUCUAGAACCAGAUGAAUCUAUCCCCACCUUACAUCCGAGCAAAAGCAGCUCCGCCGCUUCCUUCUAUUUAAACCUCCGCCCGCUCUCUCUCUUUCUCCCGCCACCUCCAACGUUCACAUUCCCCUUACUUCUUUCUUUCUACGCCGAGCCGCCAUGACCAUCUCCGGCAUUGCCAAGACAGCGUCGGCGAUGGCCCCCUUCAAGGUCUUCGUGGGGUACGACACCCGCGAGGACGUCGCCUUCGAGGUGUGCCGCCACUCGCUCCUUAAGCACGCCUCGGUCCCCGUGGAUGUGAUCCCGCUGAAGCAAUCCGAGCUGCGGGCCGCGGGGCUCUACAGGCGGGAGCGCGACCCCACCGAGAGCACCGAGUUCUCCUUCACGCGCUUCCUCACCCCGUACCUCGCCGGCUACCGGGGCUGGGCCAUGUUCGUGGACUGCGACUUCCUCUACACGGCCGACAUCAAGGGCCUGAUCGACCUCAUCGACGACCGCUACGCCGUCAUGUGCGUCCAGCACGAGUACGCCCCCAAGGAGGGUCUCAAGAUGGACGGGGCGGUCCAGACCGUGUACCCUCGCAAGAACUGGUCCUCCAUGGUCCUCUACAACUGCGGCCACCCCAAGAACCGGGUGCUCACGCCGGAGCUCGUCAGCUCCCAGACCGGAGCUUUCCUCCACCGCUUCAUGUGGCUCCACGACUCCGACAUCGGCGCCGUCCCCUUCGUCUGGAACUUCCUCGUAGGCCACAACAAGGCCGACCACCACGACCCCGAGACGUUCCCCAAGGCCAUUCACUACACUCUCGGGGGCCCCUGGUUCCACGCCUACAAGGACUGCGAGUUCGCUGACCUCUGGAUGAAGGAGCUGGAGGAGGUGAAGAAGGCCAACAAUCUGAUCGCGGUCUAAGAUCCGACCUGCUGAAAGGUUACGAUUCGUAUUAUCACGAAGUUUUCUCAUCCGAAUCUCUACGUUAUUUUCCGGUUCUUCUUCUUCUUGUAAGUUGUUGUGUGUGUUCGGUCUCAUUUCACUCGCAUAUAUCCCAAUAAAUGGACUGGCGAUGCAGGAACCAGUCAUGACGUCCCGUGUGCUCGAUUCAUGUACUUGGGUUCAUGUAAUAACUGCAUGCACUAGUGUGAAUCUACCAAUUAGCCA